AUGGCUCACAAUGUGACGGCGCUAGUAACCGCCCUGUCGGAGAGCCGAAGAUUCGGAAGCUUUUGCAGCGGCACAUUUAGGCUUCUGCCUAACGGUAAGCUACUAAUAUCGCAACAUGAUGAUUGUCUAUUUGCUUUACCAUACCCGCAAGAAGAUGAUACCGAGAAGCUGCUACUAAGUGAAGAUUUCGCUAAAGGUAGGUCUCCUAAAAGUUCAGUUCAUGAGUUGACGAAUAUGUAA